UUCGGAUAUAACAACAUUUUCAAAUAUUAUUCAGCUAGAACGAAAUCAAACGGUUAAUUCCUUGGCCAUUUGGUAUUUUUUGGCGCUCUGGCGGCGGUCACACUGGUGGCAACUCUCCAGCCAUUUUGCAUUUUUAUUUCGUUUUACAAAAUAAUUUUUGAUUUCCACCGUAUUUAAGCAUAUAUUCCGAAAAUUAAUGAGCCCGCAGACAUGACGCACGCACUGGUGAACGAGGAAACGCUGGAGGCGAUGGUCUACGAGCGCUCCAAAGCAUGGUCCAGUGUGAUGAAGGAUUGGUCGACCAUGGACGACGGAAUGGAAGUGGAUGUGUCGGAGUUUGAUGAUCUAUUCAAGGACGAAGACCAGAACCCUGAGCUGCUGGACGAGGAGGAGGCCAAGGAGGAUAAUGUGGAGGACGCCAAACUGGAACUGGGCCACAUCAACACCACCACCACCAGCGUUGCGGAGCUGACACUGAUCCUGUGCGCGGGGAAGGACAACGAGACCAAGGCCGAGAUAGAGGAGAUCCUGAACCAGACGGUACCCGUUGUCGAGGGGCACAAGCGUAAGUGGCGGGAGGCGGGGCUAGAUCGCAUCUUGGACACCUUCGAUGAGAAGCAGAUUGAACACCAUGUGGGCCGCUGGAUGCGGCGCCACAACAGCGUUUACUUGGAGACCACACCGCCGAAAUACCUCCACCCUCAAGACCACUCCAUCUCGGACCAGAGCGACGAGUCGCUGCACUCGAUUGACACGGCCCGAUACAUUCAAGAAAGUCGCCGGCGCAAGGCCCACACAACCAACAAGAACUCGAACAUGACCACCAUUAAGAUGUACCGCAAGCACUCGCACAAACGGGAUGAACUAAGGGCCAAGUACGCCUACGAUGACGAGCAGGAGCACCGCCACCACAUGCAGGCGUUGCUGCACCGCCGACGGGAGAAGGAGCGCAAGCUGGCCUACUUGGCCGCCACGCCGAUGCACUGCAUCCACUCCAGCAGUCAUCAUGUGAGGCGGAAGCAUCUGCGAAAGCGGCGCGCCAACUCCUGGAUGUUUGACUCUUCGUCCAGCAGUGAGGACGAUCCAUCAUUUAACGGCUGCGACUGUCACUCCUGCCGGAGACAUCAUGCGCUUUCCAGAAGUGCCUACCAGUACUGUCCGUAUGACAGGGGUCAACGUGAGUAUCACCACCGCCAGGCGGCAUCGCGGACCAUGCACACCAUGCGUCGUCAUCACACCUUUGACAUGGACAUGGACCUGCGACCAAGGCUGCCGGAAAAUGAGUGCAGCUGCUGCGACAGCGACCGUCUCUGCUCCAAUGUAGUACACAUUGCCAACAGCUCUACCGAGGAGUGGGUGGUGGAGAACCGCAGUAGCCCCCUGCUCCUCGAGUCGCAGGGUAUGGCUCGGAAGCACAAGCAGCAACUGGUGGCUGUUAGGAAAUUUUCACCACAGUCGGCUCGAUCCAAGUGCCACGAGCAGAGAUUACCGAAAAUGAAGGUUGCUUCGGCCUCAAAAUUGGUUAAAAAAGCUAACUACGUACACAUGUUUGAUAGUGACACUUCCGAUGAAGAAAAGGUCUUGUAUAAAAAGCGUUUGGUUAACUUUCUGGAGCGGAACAAGGGGAGUACAAGUACAACUCCAAAAUCAACAAAAAAAACAAAAUAUGUAUCUUCUACGGCGAAGAAGUCUUUAAAGAAGGCUAAUGCAGUGUCUUCCAACAUUUUGCCAGAAAUCAAAGAAGAACAGUCUAUUCAAUUUGUUGACACAAAAAAAAUGCCGCCAUCUGGAGAGGGCGAUGGCUUGCCGAUUCCGAAAAUAAGUCAUUCACAAACCAAAUCCGAGUCUUCCGAUGAAAGCAGCCAAGAUGAAAUCAAGGGAAGGAAACGCUUGUUAAGCUUCUGCGAGGCAAACAUGAAAUCAAAGAAAGCGUCUACUAUAAUGGAAUCAGCCACAAAAAAAGCUCAGAAACAGGUAAUUGUGGUGCCGGUUUUGAAUCUGCCCCAAAACAAUAAGCAAGAGGACAAUUCCCCUAUAAAAAUGCUUCCAGUUCAAAAGGGCGAUGAAAUGAUCAAUCCAAAGGAAAGUCAUCCUUAUAUCAAAAACGAAUAUUCUAAAGAAAGACAAGCCAAGUCGAAAUGUGCCAGAAAUUCAUCUGCACAAUUGGAAUCUUCAGCAAACAAAUGUAAUCCCAAGCCUGUUACAUCGAUUCCCUCGUGUUUUCCACAAAUCACAGGAAAAAAAGGGUCAAAACCUGUAGGAACUGAAGUGAAAAAAAAUACAAAGGAGACCAAUACCACUCCCUUGGCCAACGACAAAGGUUUAAUCAAUGCAAAAAAAAUUCACAGCCCCAUCGAAAUCAAAUCUUCCGAUGAAUCCGAGGAGGAAGUGAUGCAAAGAAAACGCCUUGUAAGUUUGUCCGUGGGCAAUCUCAAAUCCAAAUGUUCUGGAGCUAAGAAAAUUUCCAAGCAGGCAACGAUUCACGUUGAUAAUUCCAGUUCCCCUCAAGUUCCUAAACAAUUGAUUUUGGUAGAAAGCAGCUCUAUUAGUAAUCCUGAAACGUUAAAUGUAACCAACUCAUCAUCAUCCUCUCAUGAAAUCUUGAAUCAAAAUCCAGUUGUCUCGAAAGAAAAGCCGAAGAAAAAUUCAGAAAACGCCAAAAUAGUCACUAAAUCGGCUGCAACCGGAAAGACUUCCGCCGCAGGCGUUAAAACGAAAACACGCGAUUCGGGAAAAAAGAAAGCUAACACCGCUAUUUCUCCGGCUUUGCCGCAAAUCAUUGAGGAGGCGCCCAACCGCUCACCCGACUCGCAGACUAAACCCGAACCGAAUUCGUCAAGUAAAGUUCCAAAAACCAAUUUAAAGAAGUCUGGAAGCUCUAAUGCCCAAGACAUUCCGAAGGACAACUUCGAAAAGACGUGCGACUCAGAAGAGGAACUGAAGCGAGCCCUAGCUUUAUCGAAGGCCUCCUAUAAGGAAGAGAACAUAAAGCGACGGAAAACUAAAAAACAAACCUCAAACGAACAGCCGCAGUCACCGGCUGAGCAAUCUUUGGCGAUAUUCAACAAUCAGAGCGUGGCCUGCAAUUCCACAGCUCUGGUCAAUGACACGGCCUGCAAACGCGUUCUCACCAAGAAACGACCAGUUAAAAGAGCAGCCGCCGUAAGCAGCACCGAGGAACAACCAGCGGCAAACAGCUCGAGAUCCCCAACGGGCAGUUCGUUGGAGGAGGCCAGCGCCUCGAGCGGCGAUCCUGACUGCACGGUGGUGACAUCCACCACUUGCUGCGAACCGGCUGCAAGUGAGCCGAUUCCACCGCCUCUCAAGCUCACCAAGCGAGGCAUCCUGCUGCACAGUUAUUCGGCAUCGGACUCGGGCAACUUCACUCUAACCGAGCAGGGACUCGGAAGAUUCAUUGGCGACCGUUGGGCCCGCAAAUACCUCAAAUACCACAUCGGCAGUCGCAGCUUUGACAGCCGGCACUCGGUUUACUACCAGCCCACGCCGCAGUUGGCAGCCGCCUUAAGUGCUCCUCACAAUCAGCAGACCCUCGCCAAUAUAUCGAGCUCCAGUUCCAGCGAUGAUGACAUCUUCGAUCAGUUCAACCGAUAUGGAACGGUGUACAGCGUGCUCGAAAAGUAAUGCGAAAGUUUAGGCUAAGUUUUUCCCAACUUAUUUGUAAGCUUUAUUUGGUUUAGAGCUACAAUUGUACGCGACGGUUAAACACAUCCUUUUAAAGGGAAUUAAGAAAUAUUUUUGUAGUUUAUUUUUUAAGUUUUGAUUUAUUUCACGUAAAUUACAUGAUCGAUAGUGAUAAUAGAAAACAUAAUACGUCAUAAUCAUUAUAAUCAUCAUAAAUUUUGCGCUUAAGUAUUAAAUAAUUGUUUAAGAGAUUUAUUCGCAUUGCAAUAGUAAUUCUUGUGUGUCGAAGUUGUGCUUAAGUUCGUUUCCAUGAAGUUUGUCUAAAUUCAUAUCGGCUAUUGUUAAUUUUAUGUAUUCACAAGAAAACAAAUAAAACGUAAGAUCAA